UUUUUUUUUGCCCACGUAUUUCUCUAUUCAGUAGUGUUUCUUUGCCCUGUAAUUCUCAACGUUCUUUUCUUUUCUUUUCUUUUCACAGCUUCCUGUGAUGAUAUGUAUAUUCUUGAACUGUACGACUUUUCGCCAUCGAUUAAAACAGUGCAUAUCACAGAAAUGUUUUCAGCAUUUGAAAACCGGUCAGGAGGAUUCCAGAUAAAGUGGCUUGAUGAUACGAAAGCUCUAGUAAUAUUCGAGUCCGCUGCUAUUGCCAAACAAGCAUACAUUGCCAAUCUCACAAAUCAAAUAGCAAAAAUUAAGCCAUACACUGGAGCGGAUAAAGAGAGCCUUCGUAAUCCAGGAGGACCAUCUAGUGGUUCCUUUAAUGGCGUGAGACCUGCUAAAACUGACUCUGUAGCCCGGCGUCUAGUUCAGGGAGCACUUGGUCUGCGGGUGAGGAGAACACCAGAACAAAUUGCAGAGGAAAAGGCCCUUGUACAGGCUGCUAAAGAGGCUCGCGAAGCACAGCGUCUGGAGCAGCAACGACAGCGGCAGGAGAUGGAUGCGAUCUUUAACUCUUAAGAAAAAAUAAGCUUAGCUUGGCUUGAAUAGUUCAACUGUAAUCAAUUCCACUAUUUCAAUCAUAUAUAUCAUCAUUAUUGCCCAACAUGAUGCCCAUGGUAACCAU